UUCCAAAUUAGUCUAUAUCCGCAACGAAAGGAGAAAAGGGAAGUUUCGUCACUUCAGUUCUAUUCAGGUCUAUAAGUGGCUUUAAUUCUCUCUCAGCUGCCAGGAUUGGAGGACGAGCUUUGGAAGUUUUGGUCCUAACGUCAUUAUUUGUCAACAGACGGCGCUCGCCCCCGCAAAUGCCCUAGUGUAGCCCGCGCCGUCGGAGUUGCCCACGUCGAUCGGUUCUACUCACGUUACACCCCCGACUUGUCUCGUACAGCCAAGCUGACGACCGCGGGCGGCGCUACGGACUGGGAGCAGAGCGGAGCUGCAGUCUGUGUUUGUUGGCAGCUUUUCAAGAGCGUCAGGACCUUCCUGCCUUCUUGUCGUGGACCGGCACGUGUAGAGGGGCUCGUCAGCGUUUAGCGUGCUGCGUGUAGGGACACAAGACUGCGAGAUGCGCCCGCUGGUAGGGUACAUGUUCUCGGGACUAGUUCUGCUGAACGCCGUGGUCUCCUCGUCGGCGAACUGCCGCCUGGACAUAGGGGAGUACAAGAAGAGGAGAAUACACGCAGUGAAGGGACAGAUUCUCAGCAAACUGGGGAUGAGCGAUUCUCCUACAGACCCGGGCCCCGCGGAGACACCAGACGAUAUCAUAGCUGUGUACAAUCAGACCAGAGACUUGCUGGCAGAGCAGAGUCGCCAGCGGGAGGAGCUAUGCACAGACUGGGUCAAAGAAGAGUACUAUGGCCGGACAGUAACAAGAUUCCCAUUGGUGCCAGAUUGGCCGUCUAAAGGAAAUGCGUACACAAGCAUCCGGCUGGAGAAGCGAUUCUCACAGUUCUUCAAGUUUGACGUCCAGUCGUUGUAUCAGAAUGUGUCUGAGGUCACAGAGGCAGAACUUAGAAUUUAUCAGGUUGCCAACCCUACAGCGGACCUCCCCGAGCAGCGCAUCGAGCUGCACCAGCUGCUGCCGCCCGUGAACGGCAAGGGCAGUCCCCGGCAGCGUUACCUGGGCAGCAAGUUGGUGAAGACCCGCGCGAAGGGCUGGCUCAGCUUCGACAUCACCAACACAGUCAGGGAGUGGCUCCUCAAAACAGACAACAACCUGGGCCUGGAGCUGACGGUGCACUGCCUCGGGCGGACGUUCGACGCCAUCGCGGGGGAGCUGACUUCAGACACGCCGGAGACCCUGCAGACCUUCAUAGCAGGAACGCUCCAGGCGGAGGCAGUGGAAGAAGGGCGAGGCGACACGGCGCAGGUGGACAGCCCAGAGAAGAAGGAUCCCCACCUGCUAGUCUUCACCAAGCGGCCGCCGCCAGAGACGCACAGCAGGAGAAAAAGGAGUCUGGACAGCAGCUACUGUUUCAAGAAGCCGAAGGAGCCGAACUGCUGCCUGCGGGAGCUGUACAUCGACUUCCAGCGGGACCUGGGCUGGAAGUGGAUCCACGCGCCCCGGGGAUACAACGCCAACUUCUGCGCAGGCAGCUGCCCUUACCUGUGGAGCACAGAUUCACAGGUAACACACUCCACCAUUAUCGGGCUGUACAGCACGCUGAACCCGCACGCCUCGGCCUCGCCGUGCUGCGUGCCGUCCGAGCUCGAGCCGCUCACCAUCCUGUACUACCAGGGCAGGAAGCCUAGGAUAGAGCAGCUCUCCAGCAUGGUGGUCACCUCCUGCAAGUGUAGCUAAACCCCCAACCUGAGGGUGCACCUAUCAAUGUCCAGCCGGAGGGGGGGGGGUGCGAAACGGUCUCCAGUCUACGUGUAGAGUGGCCAAGAAAACAUCUGAUCAUGCCUGCCAGUUAUGACUGUUUAAGUUGUUUUAAUUGGAAGUCGUCAUGGAUUCCUGAUGUUUGGUCUCCUUCAAUGACAGCCAGAGGACUGAUUUACCAUGUUGUAAAACUGUGAAGAGGAAGUAUUGACAAGACAAAUGAGCUUCUUGCAAUAUGAAGUUUCUUGAGCCCUGCCCUCCUCUCCUGGCUACUGAUAGGUGUAUCCCAUUGGCCUGUGACAUAUCAUCACUGUCAGUGGAUUGACAGCUACCAAUCAUGAGGUCAUAUCACCAGACUCAUACAAAACCAACAACACUUUCUACAUGCAUAGCAAACUGAGUUAAGUUAGUAAAAAAUGAACGACAGCAUACAGCUAGAACAGUACUUAUUGCCUGGACUAUAGUAGUUUCAUACAACAUAGACAAAGCAACACAUAUUAAAGGUAUUUCUUUGCUGCUCUGUAUUUAUUAAUUAAAGGUCUCCUAUGAUGAGCACAACUCCCAUAUGCUUGCAUAGCUGCACUCCGAUCGAGUGAUAGAAUGCCGAAAAAAUGUAUAUACAGCUGUGUCUUUGUUAAACCUAUUUCCAACAAGACUAUUGUACAUCUCGCUUGUACAAAACUUUUUUCUCAAUUUUGUAAACCCUGAAUAGUAUGUACAUAUCAAAUUCUAUUAUGAUUUUUAAAAAAUUGGAAAAAAUCAUUGCAGCAAAUUGGGUAAUUAAAAUCAAAUUCACCCACACGUCAUGUAAUGUGAAACUAUGACAAAAACAAGCUACAAGAAGCACCCCUUAAAUGUAGAUACUAAGUAGUUGAUUCCAAGUGACUUUGUAUCAAAAGCUACUCCCUGUACAUUGUAGUAAUUAUAAUAGUAUACAUAGAUUACAUACAUACAUUGAUACAUUUUAAAAACUUUUUGAAUAAAACCAUGUAAGCUGA